AGUUAGCCCACGCACAUGAGCUUGAACAAAUUCGGCCCAGUUUUUCUUUUCCCCCACUACUUUCAUUUCCUUUCCUUCGACCUGGAGCAGGGGAGCUGCUUGUUUGCUGGCUCUGGCUCGGUCUGGAUGGUGGCGCCGCCGGCGGCACUGCAUCUGCUACUGUCCCGCCCUUGGCUGACCGCCGCGCAGCUCCGGCAGGCCCACGCCCACCUGGUCGUCUCCUCGCUCCUAGCCGACCGCUUCUUCCCCAACUCGCUCCUCCGCUCCCUCCUCCCGCCCUCCCACUCCCACUCCCCGCUGCGCGCCCUCCGCCUCUUCCCGCGCCUCCGCCGCAUCAUCGCUACCAAUCCCUUCUUCCCCAACGCCUACACCUUCUCCUUCCUCCUCACCGCCUCCGCCUCCCUCGCUCCUCUUCCCCACGCCGCCUCGCCGCGCGUCCUCGUAGAAUCGCUCCACGCCCUCGCCAUCCUCGUCGCCUGCGACGCCCACGCCUACGUCUCCAACGGCCUCAUCCACGCCUACGCCUCCUGCGCCCUCCUCUGCUCCGCCCGCCGCGUCUUCGAUGUCAACGUCUCCUGCAGGGACGUCUGCUCCUGGACCUCGCUCCUCACCGCCUACGGCAGGGCCGCCCGCCUCCACCACGCGCGCGCCCUGUUCGACGCAAUGCCCCACAAAACCACCAUCGCCUGGGCCGCCAUCCUCAGCGCCUACGUCGGCGCCGGGAGCUUCGCGGAGGCCGUCGACGUGUUCCAGGAGAUGCUCAGGGCCCGCGUGCGCCCCAACAGGGCGGUCAUCCUCAGCGUGCUGGCCGCGUGCGGGGCGCUCGGGGCGCUGGAGCAAGGGCGGUGGGUGCACGCCCACCUGGUUGCCGCCCACGGCGCGAUGGCCAAGGACGGGAUGGUGGCCACGGCGCUGGUGGACAUGUACGCCAAGUGCGGGAGCCUCGAGACGGCGAGGCAGGUGUUCUCGGGCAUGGCGGAGAGGGACGUGUUCGCGUACACGGCCAUGGUCUCGGGCCUGUCGGACCACGGCCGCUGCGUGGAGGCCAUCGAGCUGUUCGGGCGGAUGCAGGAGGAAGGGGUGCGGCCCAACGAGGUGACCUUCAUCUGCGUGCUGAGCGCGUGCGGGAGGGCGGGGCUGGUCGGGCGCGCGAGGGAGAUCCUGGGGAGCAUGUCGGCGGUGCACGGCAUGGAGGCCGGCGUGGAGCACUACGGCAGCAUGGUGGACGUGCUGGGGCGGGCGGGGAUGGUGGAGGAGGCCCUGGAGGUGGUGCGGAGGAUGCCGAUGAGGCCCGACUCGUACGUGCUGGGGGCGCUGCUGAACGCGUGCGUGGCGCGCGGGGACACGGAGGGCGGGGAGGAGGUGGCGGCGAUGAUGGCGGAGCUGGGGCUGGACGACCGCAGCGGGGUGCAGGUGCAGCUGUCGAACCUGUACGCGGGGCGGGGGAAGUGGGAGGAGGUGGUGGGCGUGCGGAGGGGGAUGGAGGAGAGGAAGGUGGUCAAGGUGCCAGGGUGCAGCAUGGUGGAGGUGGACGGCGUCGCCAGAGAGUUCGUCGCCGGCGACCGGUCGCACGAGGCGUGGAUCAUAGACGUCGCCGAGCAGCUGGAGCGGAUGCUCGCCCACCACUGACUCCCGUCCGUCUCUCAGCUUCCUCCGUCAAUUUUUAGAUUCGACUGAGACGCUGAGCUCAUCCGUCCAUCCAUGAGAGUUGUACGUAUAACUCUUUUUUCACUAUGACCAAGGAGAACACUAACUCCUCCGAUCCAUUUAUUCAUCGAGGCACAAACAAAAUAAGUUCAACUCUUGUGGAAAAACUAAGAAACAUUAUACAAACAUUAUACGUACAGCUCUUGUGGAUGGAGGGAGUACGAUUCAGUGACUCUUCCGGUGGGAUAUGUGCCUCAUAAAUCAAGAAACGUAUUAGUUCAUUGUUGUAAAUCUGUAUCGUGUAAGACCACAAUGUUAAAGAGAGAAACAACGGAGUGAACGGCAAGAAGCAGCGAUGAUCAUUA